AUGUCUUUUCCAAACAAGUCUCCCCGCGUCAGAGACGCCGCUAGUCUUCACCAGUGCCCCGAGUGCGACCGGGCCUAUGAAAGGCCCGACCACCUAGCCCGCCAUCUGGACUCACGUGCACCGCAACGAGAGGACUUUUCAGUGUACUACCUGCCAGCGCGGCUUCAACCGGAUGUACUGCAACGACAUCAGCUGAUUCACACUGGCGACACGCCAACUAGCAAAUCCAGAGGGAGGGCUGUUGAAGCUUGCGAGCAGUGUGCCGCCGCCAAAGCGAGCUGUGACAAUGACAACCCAUGCAAUAGAUGCCAACGGAAGGGUAUACGCUGUACUCCGCGAAAGUCGAACCAGCGUCGUCGUGGGACCCUCAAUACAAUCACCCCGGAGACUGGUACUCCGCGAGGUCAAUUCGGAAGCGAGAUUGAUGGAGACGGGGGUACAUCACCGUCGACCCUAUCCGCUGACCGCAGCCAAAACCCUCGGAUACCGUUAGGCGUGGAGGUUGGAGUCAAUUCCAUGUACUCACCAACCUCUCCUGCUUCGUCUGUCGUACCUUUCCCUGUGCACAUGUCUUCUCAACAGAACAUGAUCGAUAAUCUAAGCGAGUUUCCGGCAUUUUUCGAGCACGUCAUGAUGCCGUCUGAUCUUUACCCAGCUGGUAUACCCAAUGUUCAGCAGCCGAGAGGAGUCUUUGAUUUUAUGGGUGAUCCCGGGUUGACCAGUCCCGACCUUGGUCUAUUUGGAUCAGACAUACUCGUGGAUCUGGACAAAAUAUUGGAAUACAAUCCAUCACCUGCCGCGGCAACCUCGUAUCAAGAGGGCUCUGCCGAGGAGCAAAGCACCAAACAGCGCGUCGCCGCUUUUCGGAAGUCACUGUGGCUCUGGGUACCCGAGAAAAAUCAGAACGGGUUCAGUGAACAUGGCCAGAUUCCGCUGCAGGACGGGGACAUGACAGCAUCCAUUUCCUCACUGCAUAGAUCUCGCCUCGAGGCCUUGAACAUUCGGGGAAAGCUGACACAGCAGAUGCGUGACAAUAUUUUUCAACUGGUGCUGGCUACCGGGGGCUCCCGCCUUUCUGUUCCCUCGUUCCCAACUGCCGAGUCGCUCGAUGCCCUCAUCAAGAUUGGCAUCUCGAAAAGAACCGAAACUGAUGCCUGGAUUCACCCAUAUACGUUGUACCGUCAAGACUCGCGGCCUGAGCUUUUGACAGCCCUGGUCGCUGCUGGAUGUGUAUGUUCUGCCAUUCCCUCAGUAGGUAAGGCCGGAGUGCUCCUGCUAGAGAUUGUUCGAGUCAGCCUAGCACAUCUGGUUGAAUCAGAUAACAGCGUUCUGCGCGAUCUUCAAUAUUUUCAGGCCUCCAUGAUGUGGUUGGACAUUGGGAUCUUCUGUGGCUAUAAACGCAAGAUGCAGAUUGCUGAAAGCCACCUUCAACCUUUGUGCACGGCGUUGCGGAGAGCUGGAGCUUUUGAUCGAUCAUUCUAUACCCAGCUUCCCUCAGUUGAUGGUCUCCAGGGACUUGAGUUGGAAACUGCCUGGGAGCAAUGGGUACAGACGGAAUCACUUAAACGUCUGGCCUACCACCUUUUUGAACAUGAUGUGGAAGCGGCGGCAGCGAUGAACAGGCCUGCACUGACUAGUUAUGCUGAAUUCACCUUGCCUUUCCCAAGUGCCCGAGACUUGUGGCUGGCGCCCACCGCGACGGCCUGGAAAGAGCUCCUCAAAGCGAAAUACUUCCACGCCUCACCCCCGGACCUAUCACUGAAAGCCAUACUAGCCGAUUCAGCUGCGCUGACAGAUCUUCCGGCAAAUGUUGACGUUGGGGUGGUGAACUCCGCGCUUUUGCACGGGCUAAUGAGCCAAGUGUGGGCGUUUCGCCAGCAGGCAUCGCUUAUGGACAGCGGUACUGAUGCUCGGGCCGUAACUCGACUGUGGCUGCAAAGCCGACAGGAUGAGCUAUCACUGUCCAUCGACACCGCAGUACAGGAAAUCGCAAGUGCCCCGCCGAACGCAGCCCUUUUUAGUGAAUAUGCCUUGAUGCAUCUACACGUCAACUUUGACUCGGUCCAGCGUUUUGCAGGCCAGUUUGGAGAAGUGGAAGCAAGACGAGAAUACCCAAAGCUACGAGAAUGGGCCUUGACAAAAGAGGCGCGUACCUCUGUCUGGCACGCUGGGCAGGUCCUUCGGGCAGCUCGACAGGUACUGCCGUUCCACCUUCGCGGCUUCGACAGCUUAGCAAUAUACCACGCUAUAUUGGUUCUUUGGGUAUUUGGGCUGCUCCGCUGUGGUGAAAAACAGCAAGAUAAAGCGAUCAGCUUAGCCAAUGGGAACUCGGAUGCGCUAGUCAGCUUGGAUAGCUCCGAGACGGACUCUAUCAAGCCGUUCAUUAGCCGAGACCUAGGCCAGCCUGGCUUGACCCUCCACUCUGCCGGCUCUGAGGGAACAGCCGUUUUCUGUCAGCUCACCAGUCCCCGCCUGGUGAUGGAUGUGGGGAGGCAGGUUUUCGAGAGUAACUUUCCGGGAGCACUGGAUAACUUGCCGCCACUUGUUCAAAACCUUCGAAACCUGAUACGCGAUUUAGGAAGCUUGCCAUAA